AGCGGCGUGAGGGCUGUCGGGACCGGAAGUGGGGGCCGGCGUGCAGCCCCGGGUCUGACAGGAGAGGCGUGCCCGGCCGGCGGCCGUACCUGACAGCGGGAGCGCGGUCCCGGAGCCGCCCGGCCCUGGGAUGGGCCUCCUGUCGGACCCGGUGCGCCGGCGCGCGCUUGCCCGCCUCGUGCUGCGCCUCAACGCGCCGCUCUGCGUGCUGAGCUACGUGGCGGGCAUCGCCUGGUUCCUGGCGCUGGCUUUCCCGCCGCUGACCCAGCGCACUUACAUGUCGGAGAACGCCAUGGGCUCCACCAUGGUGGAGGAGCAGUUUGCGGGCGGAGACCGUGCCCGAAGCUUUGCCCGGGACUUCGCUGCCCACCGCAGGAAGUCGGGGGCUCUGCCAGUAGCUUGGCUGGAGCGGACGAUGCGGUCAGUGGGGCUGGAGGUCUACACACAGAGUUUCUCCCGGAAACUGCCCUUUCCAGAUGAGACUCACGAGCGCUAUAUGGUGUCGGGCAUCAACGUGUACGGCAUCCUUCGGGCACCGCGCGCUGCCAGCACUGAGUCCCUGGUGCUCACCGUGCCCUGUGGCCCUGAGUCUACCAACAGCCAGGCUGUGGGGCUGAUGCUGGCACUUGCUGCCCACUUCCGGGGGCAGAUUUACUGGGCCAAAGACAUCAUCUUCUUGGUGACAGAACACGACCUUUUGGGCUCUGAGGCUUGGCUUGAAGCCUACCACGACGUCAAUGUCACUGGUAUGCAGUCAUCCCCUCUGCAGGGCCGGGCUGGGGCCAUCCAGGCAGCCGUGGCCCUGGAGCUGAGCAGUGAUGUGGUCACUAGCCUUGACGUGGCCGUGGAGGGACUCAACGGACAGCUGCCCAACCUGGACCUGCUCAACCUCUGCCAGACCUUCUGCCAGAAAGGGGGGCUCCUGUGCACGCUGCAGGGCAAGCUGCAGCCCCAGGACUGGCCGUCAGUGGACGGGCCACUGCAGGGUGUGCAAACGCUGCUGCUCAUGGUUCUGCAGCAGGCUUCUGGCCACCCCCACGGCGCCCAUGGCCUCUUUCUGCGCUACCGCGUGGAAGCCCUAACGCUCCGUGGCAUCAAUAGCUUUCGCCAGUAUAAGUAUGACCUGGUGGCAGUAGGCAAGGCUCUGGAGGGCAUGUUCCGCAAACUCAACCACCUCCUGGAGCGCCUGCACCAGUCCUUCUUCUUCUACCUGCUCCCUGCGCUCUCCCGCUUCGUCUCCAUCGGCCUCUACAUGCCUGCCGCCGGCUUUUUGCUCCUGGUCCUCGGUCUCAAGGCUCUGGAACUGUGGAUGCAGCUGCAUGAGGCUGGAGUGGGUCCUGAGCAGGCUGGGGGGACCUCUGGGUCCAGUCCUCCCCUCCCUGCAACACAGCGCGUGGGGCUGGCCUCGCUCGUGGCACCCUUGCUGAUCUCCCAGGCUGUGGGCCUGGCCCUCUACGUCCUCCCAGUGCUGGGUCAACACGUGGCUGCCCAGCACUUCCCCGUGGCUGAGGCGGAGGCCGUGGUGCUGACGCUGCUGGCCGUCUAUGCAGCCGGCCUGGCCCUUCCACACAGCACCCACUGGGUGGCGAGCACACAGGCCCCGGACAGGAGCUGGAUGGCGCUGAAGCUGGUGGCCCUGAUCUACCUGGCACUACAGCUGGCCUGCAUCACCCUCACCAACUUCUCCCUGGGCUUUCUGCUGGCUGCCACCAUGGUGCCCGGCGCUGCACUCACCAAGCCCUCCGGGCCCCGGCCGCUGUGUGCUGCCCUGCUGGUGCUGACAAGCCCAGCAGCCACACUCCUGGGCGGCCUGUUCCUGUGGCAGCAGCUGCAGGAGGCCCCGCUUUCCCCGGCCGAGGGCUGGCGGCUCUUCCUGGCCGCGCUGGCUCAGGGCGUGCUGGAACACCACACAUACGGUGCCCUGCUCUUCCCGCUGCUGGCGCUGGGCCUCUACCCCUGCUGGCUGCUCUUCUGGAAUGUGCUCUUCUGGAAGUGAUGAAGGCAGGUGGGAAUCCCCCACGCGUCCCACGUUCUUUCUUUCCUGGGAAAUAAACAGUUCUGUUUAGCUGCC